UGGUGCAAUACGCAUUGUUUCCAUGUCAGAAAAAAUAACAUUGCAAUAAUUUUUGAUUUUUGCAUUUUGAAUAAUUGAAAGGAAAGUCUGUUGUUUCCCACUGAGGGUCAUGUUGAUGGUGCAGGUGCUGGUCCUACGUGGGGCGUAGAGGUGGAGAACAGAUUGUAUCUCUGGCUCGACGAGGGUGUGUGUACCACCAGGUGAUCCAGCAUGAGCUUCUGCACGCCCUGGGCUUCAACCACGAGCAGACCCGCAGUGACCGUGACAUGCAUGUUCGUAUUCUCUACCAGAACAUCGCCAGGGGACUGGAGUACAACUUCAACAAGAUUGACACCAACAACCUGGGCACCCCCUAUGACUACGGUUCCGUCAUGCAUUACGGAAGGUAUGCCUUCUCCGCAAACCGGCAGCCCACCAUUGUCCCCAUUCCCAACGCCAAUGUGCAGAUCGGAAGAGCCACCCAGAUGAGCCGCAUGGACAUCCUGCGGGUCCAACGCCUCUAUGGAUGCAAAUAAGUUGGGUUGUGGCUGACAACAUGAAGACCUAGACCGCAACUCAAAAGAAGUGGCUUUCCCGCUCAAUUGCAUAAAUGAAAAAAAAAAGAAAUUGUCUGAUUGUGUACCCUUCUAACGAGACUGUUUUGUUAGCUUUCAUGUUUAAACCAAUAAAGUUUGGCAGAGUGAAAUCAA